UCGUUUUGAUUCAUUUUGUUUGGCAUCUCCGGCGGCGUUAGAAGUACUACUAUUGUUUUACCAUUAUUUUCCCGUGUGUGUGCGUGUGUGGGCAACAGCUGUUUUGCCCCGAAAAAAUUCACAGCAAAAUAAUAGAAAUAAAACAAAAAAGAAAUAAAAGUGCGCAAUGCCUGAAUGAAUCGAAUAAACUAUGAACUUCUGGGCACUUUGUGACGCAGUGAAAGAUAAAAACUAUAAACAACAGCAUUAUACAUAGAUGUGUGUAAAUUGUUUAAAUGUCGUUGGUGUUUGUACGAAAUAAUCAUUAGACGGCCGCACAGUGGGAGGAAUCGCAGUUAUCGCCCUACAUUUGCCGUGACAGUGCAAAUAGCAGCUCAGAAAGGGCAUCGCAUCAGCAUAAAUAAUUAAUUGUAAUUUCCGCCAGUCGAUUAUGCAGUAAUGUCCAUCGACGAGCAGUCGCGAUCUAAUUUUUAUCAUUAAGUGGAACCACACUUAAUCGCACGAACAACAAUACAAGAUAAACAAUAUUACAAAUUCUAUUAUUGCAAGUAAAACGUGCACGGGAUUACAAAUUUUAACCGAUUUUAAUGUCGAGGUAAUUUAGAAAAGUAAAAAGCCAAAAGCCAACCGAACAAAGCUGCAAAAUGGCAAAGGUCACGAACUGGGACAAGUUUGUGCUGCUUCUGUGGAAGAACUGGACUCUCCAAUGGAACCACAAGUGGCAAAUGGUCAUUGAGCUGGUGCUGCCCGCGAUAUUCUCCCUGCUCCUGGUCCUGGUCCGCACCCUGGUCGAUACGGAGCACAAGGGUGUCAGGACGUAUCAAAACCAGACUCUUACGGAUCUCAGUCUGUUGGAGUCACAUGCCAGCUUGUUGAACUUAAAGUACACCGUGUGCUACUCUCCCAAGAAUCCCGUGCUGGAAAAACUGGUGACGGAGGCGUGGCAUAGCCUCGGGAAGAGCGGUAUCUAUGGGUCGGAAAAUGCCAGCCAACUGGCAGUGGAUACGGUCAGUAUGACGGCUAUUGCCGGUAUCCAGUUCGACGAUGCCUGGGCCAAUCUAAACGAUACGAGUGACCUGCCCGACGACUUUGGCUUCGCCCUGCGCUUCCCAUCGGAACUGCGAACGGCGAUCAUAGCGAUAGCGAACACCUGGCUAACGAUGCGUCUGUUUCCCACAAUUGAUCUCACGGGUCCGCGCAACGAAGCUGAUGAGGAUGGUGGCAUUCCGGUGGGAUAUUUACGUGAGGGCUUCUUGCCGCUGCAGCACAGCCUGUCGAUGGCGUAUAUAAGACUAAAGACGGGCGAACAGAAUCUGCCGGAUGUGGUGAUGCAACGCUAUCCGUAUCCCGAAUACAUCUUUGAUCCCCUGCUCGAGGGCAUGUCCUCGAUAAUGUCGCUUAUCAUACUGCUGAGCUUCAUCUAUCCGUGCACGUACAUCACCAAGUACAUCACCGCCGAGAAGGAGAAACAGCUCAAGGAGGUGAUGAAGAUCAUGGGGCUGAGCAAUUGGCUGCACUGGACGGCCUGGUUUGUCAAGUCAUUCAUCAUGCUGACCAUAUCGGCCAUACUGAUUGCCAUUCUGGUGAAGAUCAACUGGUCAGAGGGCGUGGCCGUACUCACGUAUGCCAACUUUAGUGCCCUGGUCUUCUUCCUGAUCAUAUACAUCAUGGCCAGCAUCUGUUUCUGCUUCAUGAUGGCCACGUUCUUUUCGCGGGCGAGCACUGCGGCCGCCGUUACGGGCCUGAUUUGGUUCAUCGCCUACAUCCCAUUCUCCUUCACUUUUAACACGUACGACGGCCUCAGUCUGACCGCUAAACUGGGCUGGAGUUUGAUCUCGAACACGGCCAUGGGCUUUGGCAUCAAGCUGAUCCUGGGCUUCGAGGGCACCGGCGAGGGUCUGCAGUGGAGUAACUUCUUCACGCCCGUCUCCGUGGAUGAUACAUUGACCGUUGGCGCCGUGAUGAUCAUGAUGCUGGUAUCCUGCGUCAUUUGCAUGCUCAUCUGUUUGUAUGUGGAGCAAGUGAUGCCGGGCAGUUUCGGGGUGCCGCGUCCCUGGAAUUUCCCAUUCACGCGGGAGUUCUGGUGCGGCGAACGGGAGUAUACGGGCGUCGAGGACAUACCCAAUGGCCAGGUGGAGCAGCGGGAUCCCAAAGCCUUCGAAACGGAACCGGAGGGCAAGCACAUCGGCCUGCAGAUGAGACACCUGAAGAAGCGUUUCGCCGACAAGAUGGUCGUGAAGGGCCUGUCCAUGAACAUGUUCGAGGAUGAGAUCACCGUCCUGCUGGGUCACAAUGGAGCCGGCAAAACCACCACCAUAUCGAUGCUGACGGGCAUGUUUCCGCCAACGAGCGGCACGGCCAAUAACGGCAGUGACAUCCGCACCAAUAUCGAGGGAGCCCGCAUGUCCCUUGGCAUCUGUCCGCAGCACAAUGUCCUCUUCGACGAGAUGAGUGUGUCGAAUCACAUCCGUUUCUUCAGCCGCAUGAAGGGACUCAAGGGCAAGGCCGUCGAGAAGGAGGUGGCCAAGUAUCUGAAGAUGAUCGAGCUGGAGGACAAGGCGAAUGUGGCCUCAUCCAAAUUGUCGGGCGGAAUGAAACGCAAACUCUCCGUUUGCUGUGCCCUCUGCGGCGAUACGAAAGUGGUGCUGUGCGACGAGCCCAGUUCCGGCAUGGAUCCAUCGGCCAGGCGACAGCUGUGGGAUCUGCUGGAGCAGGAGAAGGUGGGACGCACCAUCUUGCUGACCACUCACUUCAUGGACGAGGCCGAUGUGCUGGGCGAUCGAAUUGCCAUCAUGUGCGACGGCGAACUCAAGUGCCAUGGCACCUCCUUUUUCCUCAAGAAACAAUAUGGAUCGGGUUACCGAUUGAUCUGUGUGAAACGCGACGAUUGCGAGACGAACGAAGUGACCGCCCUGCUAAACAAGUACAUUCCGGGCCUGAAGCCCGAGUGCGAUAUUGGCGCCGAGCUGUCCUACCAACUGCCGGAUAGCGCCUCGGCCAAGUUCGAGGAGAUGUUCGGCCAGCUGGAGGAGCAGUCCGAGGAGCUGCACCUGAAUGGCUACGGCGUGGGCAUCACCUCGAUGGAGGAGGUGUUCAUGAAGGUCGGUGCCGAGAAGGACAUUAGUGGCAACAUGAAGGACCAGAGCGAGAUCAUGAACGGAGGCAGUGGAUUCCGUAACGAGGACGACAACGAGUCCGUACAGUCCGAAGGCAUCUUUUCGGAGAACCGACGCCUGCUCCAGGGAAUGCAGCUGCUAUCGAACCAAUGGAAGGCCAUGCUGCUCAAAAAGUUCCUCUAUACGUGGCGCAACAAGUUGCUCCUGCUGAUUCAGAACAUAAUGCCGAUAUUUUUUGUGGUGGUCACCAUUCUCAUCAUCGAGACGCAGGGCACCUUCCAGGAGCUAAAGCCCAUUACCAUUUCGUUGACCCAAUAUCCCAUGGCUGUGACCGUUCUCGAUCGCUCCAAUGUGCUCAACGGUACGCAAACCGCCGAGAUAGCAACCAAAUACGAGCAGCUGGCCCUGUCCUAUGGCAGUAAUUAUGGCUUGGAACACACGGGCACCCAAGGCUUUGAGGAUUACAUCUUGGAGCUGGGCAAGACAAUCCAGGUGCGAAUAAACGCGCGCUAUUUGGCGGCCGCUACUAUUGCUGAGGGCAAUAUCACUGCCUGGCUUAAUAACCAGGCCUUGCACACGGCUCCUCUGACCGUCAACAUGGUGCACAAUGCCAUUGCCACUCAGCUGAAUCCGAAGAUCAAGAUCCACGUGACCAAUGCCCCGCUGCCGUACACAACCAGCACAUUGCUCUCGCAGCUGAGCAUGGGCACCAAUCUGGGCACCCAGCUGGCCUCCAAUCUGUGCUUCUGCAUGUGCUUCGUCAGCUCCAUAUAUAUCCUGUUUAUGAUCAAGGAGCGCGAGUCCAGGGCCAAGUUGCUACAGUUUGUGGGUGGCGUGAAAGUUUGGACCUUCUGGUUGACGCAAUUCAUUUGCGAUUUCGCCAGCUACAUUGUGACGGCUCUGAUCGUUGUGAUCACGAUCGUUUGCUUCCAGGAGCCCGGGCUGUCCAGCUUCCCGGAACUGGGCAGAUACUAUCUGCUGCUGCUGCUUUUUGGAUUCGCCGCGUUGCCCUUCAUCUACAUCAUGUCGCUGUUCUUCAAGGAACCGGCCACUGGCUUUGCACGCGUCUCCAUUGUCAACAUCUUUUGCGGCAUGGCCCUGUUCAUCGUGAUCGUGGUGAUGUCGUCGGAACUAUUUGACACAAAGGACACGGCGGACAUAUUGGGCUGGAUCUUCCGCAUCUUUCCGCACUUUUCGCUGGCCAUGAGUCUGAACAAGAUCUACACCAACACGGCCACGAGAAAUGCCUGCGCCAAGGUCGGAUCAAUCCCACCCAUCCUGCUCUGCGAGUUGGUGCCGCAAUGCUGCAACAUCAAGCCCUUCUUUGCUUGGGAUGAACCCGGCGUUCUGCCCGAAGUUGUCUACAUGACCGUCACCGGCGUUGUCUUCUUCCUCAUCAUCAUCGUGCUGGAGUUCAGAUUGAUCAACGAGCUGAUGUUCAAGAUCCGUCAAUUGCUGUCUAAACCGCCGCCACCACCGGCAGAGGGCCACCUCGAUGACGAUGUGGCUAACGAGCGGGAGCGCAUUCUUCACAUGUCCUCCGAUGAGCUGGCUGUUAAGAAUUUGGUCCUGGACCGCGUCACCAAGUACUACGGUCAAUUCCUGGCCGUUAAUCAGGUGUCGCUCUGCGUACAGGAAGUCGAAUGCUUUGGGCUGCUUGGCGUGAACGGAGCCGGCAAAACGACCACGUUUAAGAUGAUGACCGGCGACGAGCGGAUCAGCUCGGGUGCCGCUUACGUGCAAGGUCUGAGCCUGGAGGCGAACAUGAACAGCAUUUAUAAGAUGAUCGGCUACUGUCCGCAGUUCGAUGCGCUAUUGGAUGAUCUGACGGGUCGCGAAGUGCUGCGCAUUUUCUGCAUGCUUCGCGGUGUCCAGGAGUCACGCAUUCGGCCAUUAUCCGAGGAUCUGGCCAAAUCGUUUGGCUUCAUGAAGCACAUCGAUAAGCAAACGCAUGCCUAUAGUGGUGGAAAUAAGCGAAAACUGAGUACGGCCAUUGCUGUGAUCGGAAGUCCGUCCGUUAUUUACCUGGAUGAGCCCACAACUGGCAUGGAUCCGGCGGCCAGAAGGCAGCUGUGGAACAUGGUCUGCCGCAUUCGUGACUCUGGCAAGUCCAUUGUCCUCACAUCCCACAGCAUGGAGGAGUGCGAGGCGCUGUGCACACGACUGGCCAUUAUGGUGAACGGAGAAUUCAAGUGCAUUGGCUCAACGCAGCACCUGAAGAACAAGUUCUCCAAGGGCCUGAUCCUCAAGAUCAAGGUGCGUCGCAAUCUGGAGGCAUUGCGGCAGGCACGUUUGAAUGUUGGCUUUGCGCGGAAUCCAGAUGAGCAGACGGUGCCCGCCCAAAUGGUCCAGCAGGACAUCGAUGCCGUCAAGGCGUUUGUGGAGCACGAAUAUCCGCACUCCAUUCUGCAGGAGGAGUACCAGGGCAUUUUGACGUUCUACAUUCCAUUGGCUGGGGUCAAAUGGUCGCGCAUCUUCGGCCUGAUGGAAGGCAAUCGCGAUCAGCUGAACAUCGAGGACUAUUCGGUCAGCCAGACGACGCUGGAGGAGAUCUUCCUGGAGUUCGCCAAGUACCAGCGCGAGGAUACGCGCGCGAAUCACCGACUCUCCGAAUUGAGGAAGCUGUGCAAGUGCCUGCUAGCUAAUGAGUAUUGAACCAACUACCUGAGCGGAUCCGAUCCUAUGCGAUCCCAUCCGAUUUGAUUCGAUCUGAUUCGAUCCUGACCUGAUCUUACACACUCACAGAUAAUAAUUUUGUAUGCAAAAAAACAACGCCGAUGCCUGAACAGCUAACAAAUAGUUUCUAAGGUCUACCUGACAAUAGAUAGCAGCGAUUACGCCUUUUUUCAUUGUGAUCAUCUAGCAAAAUUUACACUUUAACGGAAAGAGAUCUAUAUAUUGUAUGUUUGCUAUAUAUAUAUAUAUAUAUGGUUAUAUCUGCUUGACAUGCACGAUAAGUUCCCAUAAUAUUUUAGUUUUGUUUUAUCCUCCCGCCCCCAAAUAAUAAAAAAUAAAAAGUAUUGGCUGGACUUGGCCGGAAAUUAUUCCCAGCGCCUAAAAUAAACUAGUCGCAUAUAGAGUACUAUGUGUAUUAAUUUCGAUGUACUUAGACCGGCUAACCAAAGCGUUUAAAUAAGUCAAUUUAACUGUGGCACAAACUCUACGAUACAUAUGAGAAUUUACAAAUUAUGUUAAAUGUAUAUUAUACGAUUGUAUUAAAUAUUUUAUCUAAAUGUA